GUGGUGAGUACCUUGAAGUUCAUUUUGUCAACAAACGAAACGCUUCAGAAGGAUUUGUUUUUAUGCUUUUUGUUGGAAAAAUUGAGUUGUAAUUUUGUUUAAAGGAGUAAAAAAGGUUUUUUUUUAAGUGAAAUUUAGUGGGAUUAAGUGAAAAAUGUCUGAAAAUCGGGGUGAAAGCAGUGAUUCAGUUGUUCCGGAUAUGGCAGAGCCAGCGACGAAGAAGCGCAAAGUGGAGGUUCCUGAGGAAGAUGAGGAUGAAGACACACCGUCGGUGUUCAAUCCACGAAAGAAACUCUGCCCGUACCUGGAUACAAUAAAUCGUCAGCUUCUGGAUUUUGACUUUGAGAAGCUCUGCUCGGUAUCCCUGACCAGGAUCAAUGUGUAUGCUUGUUUGGUUUGUGGGAAGUACUUUCAGGGGCGUGGAACAAAUACCCAUGCCUAUACACAUUCAGUGGCUGAGGCACAUCAUGUCUUCCUGAAUCUGCAUACGCUGAGAUUCUACUGCCUUCCGGACAACUACGAAAUCAUCGACACGUCGCUGGACGAUAUCAAGUACGUAUUGAAUCCCACAUUUACCAUUAGUGACAUUCGGGGGCUCGAUAAGGGGAAUAUGAAGUAUUCCCGGACAGUCGACGGGACGACAUUGUACCUUCCGGGAGUUGUUGGGUUGAACAAUAUCAAGAGGAAUGACUACUGCAACGUCGUUCUGCAAGCCCUAGCCCAUGUUGCACCACUUAGGGAUUAUUUUCUUAGUGAGAAAAAUUACGCGAAGAUCAAAAGACCUCCGGGAGAUUCGAUUUUCACUCUUGUACAGAGAUUUGGGGAAUUGAUGAGGAAGAUGUGGAAUCCGCGAAAUUUCAAAGCUCACGUUUCGCCCCAUGAGAUGCUCCAAGCCGUUGUACUGUGGAGCAAUAAGCAAUUUCAAAUUACCGAACAAGGUGAUCCCAUUGAUUUCCUUUCGUGGUUCCUUCAUACUCUCCACAAAGCCAUGAAGGGCACAAAGAAGCCCGAUUCUUCCAUCAUCUACAAGUCCUUUCUGGGCGAGAUGAAGAUCUACACGCGCAAAAUCCCUCCUACUGAACUCGAUGACACCCAAAAGGCUCUCCUCAUGGCCACAGAUGAGUACCAGGAAAAGGUGGAGGACUCAAAUUUUCUCUACUUGACCUGCGAUCUGCCCCCGCCUCCCCUAUUCAUCGAUGAGUUCCGUGAGAAUAUCAUCCCUCAAGUCAAUCUCUAUCAGCUUCUGUCCAAGUUCAAUGGGGUCUCAGAGAAGGAAUACAAAACCUACAAGGACAAUUUCAUGAAGCGUUUCGAGAUCACCAAGCUCCCACCUUUCAUCAUUCUCUACAUCAAGCGCUUCACCAAGAAUACGUUCUUCCUGGAGAAGAAUCCAACCAUUGUGAAUUUUCCCAUCAAGAAUGUUGACUUCGGGGACAUCCUGACGGCCAAGUACAGGGGCAUCAUCAAGAGAACCAAGUACAGUCUCAUUGCAAAUAUCGUGCACGAUGGAGAGCCGGGCAAAGGCACCUACAGAUCGCACAUUUUUCACAAGGGCAGCAAUACCUGGUACGAGAUGCAGGAUCUCCACGUGAUUGACACUCUGCCGCAGAUGAUCACGCUCACAGAAAGCUACAUUCAGAUCUAUGAGCUUCAGGAUGAUUAGACAGUGAACCAGAAAGUGCUUAAUUAAUAAAAAUCUAAUGUGUAA